GAACUUUACCUUUACUGAUAAUCUCCACCCACACGCUUUCCUCCCCAAUCCUAAAAACCUUUCCUCUGUGUCUUUCUUUCUUUAUUUGUAAUUUUGUAUCCAACAUCACAAAUUAUUUAUGUGCAAAACCAAAAUGGCUGUCAGCGCGUCCGAACCAACUCCCGUCUCAACCCGAACUCGUCCAACUCAAUCACCUAGAACUCGCCCAACUCAGUCUCCUAGACCCACCACCAUCACCACCGCUUCUACCUCCUCAGAUCCUUCGACGUCUAACACCAUUAAUUACACAACAACAACAUCUUCUACUCUUUCAAACCGAACCUCUCUUUCCAACCUCCGUGAUUCCCUCUCUCAAAACCCCAACGUCUACGACAUUUCCGAAAUUCGUACAGCCACCAACAACUUCCUGUCCAAACGCCACUCCUCCUCCUCCUCCUCCUCCACCGCUUGCUGGCGUUGCGACUUGCGGAACAACAACACCAUCAUCUUCCAACGCAAGUUCCGCCGCAAAAUUGAAAUGUCUCAACUGAAAGAACAGCUUUCAGUAAUUUGUAGAAGUAAUCACUCAAGCGUGGUAAAGCUCUUAGGAGCUUCCAUAUCUGGAGAUUAUAUCUACCUCGUUUAUGAAUUCAUUCCCGGCGCAAAUCUUUCUAAUUGCUUGAGAAAUUCUAAAAACCCCAACUUCACUGUUCUUUCGACAUGGGUUUCAAGAAUGCAGGUGGCCGCUGAUCUUGCGUACGGUCUUGAUUACAUCCACAACAAAACUGGCUUAAACAUAAGCUUGGUACACAACCACAUUAAAAGCAGCAGUAUCAUUAUCACAGAGCCGUCUUUUAAUGCUAAAAUCUGCCAUUUUGGGUGUGCCCAGUUGUGUGGAGAAGCCGAUGAGAAUGAGAUGAUGAUGAAGAAAAAAAGCAAGAUCGGUGAAAUCACUGAACUGGAUGAUGAUCGUUCGCUAAAAGGGUCGAAAGAGUUGGCGAGGUCUAACAGCGGGAUCAUGCAAUUCGAAGGCGUGAGAGGAUACAUGUCGCCGGAAUAUCAAGCUACGGGAAUAGCAACACAGAAAUCGGACGUUUACGCAUUUGGGGUGGUGUUAUUGGAGUUGUUGUCCGGUAAAGAGCCAUAUAAGUACAAGUAUGACAAAAGCAGAGGUGAUUAUAUGAGGGAGUCGGUGAUUGAGACCGCCAGAGCGGCGAUUGGUGACCGGGGGGGGUUGAGGAGGUGGAUUGACGGGAGGCUUAAGGACUCGUUCCCAGUGGAAGUAGCAGAGAAGAUGACACGUGUAGGGUUAGAUUGUGUGGAAGUGGAUCCAGAUAAGCGGCCAGAUAUGGGACGCGUGGCGGGGAAGAUUUCGAGGUGGUAUCUGGAGUCGAGGAAGUGGGCUGAAGAUUUGAGAUUUUCUGACCAGAUUACUGUUUCUUUGGCUCCUCGAUAGAUAACCAGCUAUGGAUAGAGAUGAGUUGAAGAAGAAACAGUCUUUUUAUUUUUUAUUUUUUUAAUUUGCUCGUAGGGCGUGGAUUGUUUUUUGUUACCUUUGAUGGUGACACAAGUGGUUGAUGAUGGAUAUUUAUAUUUGUUUUGAAUUUUACUAUAUGGAUAGAUUUUUUCUAA